AUGGGUGAUAUUGUGGAUAAGUAUCAAAAUGCCUUUGUCCUGGGAAGACAAAUGUUUGACAACUGUUUUAUCUCUCAUGAAAUAAUCAAUUGGGUGAGAAGAAGGAAGAAAGGAAAUAACUUUGCAGGGAUUAUCAAGGUGGAUCCAAGCAAAGCAUACGAUAGGAUUAGAUGGGAUUUUGUCGAAGCUAUGCUUAGGAGGAUGAAAUUCCCAGAUCGUUGGGUGAUUUGGAUCAUGCAGUGUAUUUCAAAAGUUUCUUAUUCAGUUCUGGUUAAUGGUGAACCUUCCAAAGUAUUCUCUCUCUCUGUGGGCCUUCGCCAGGGAGAUCCCCUCUCCUCCUACAUCUUCAUUCUCUGCAUGGAAGUCCUUUCGAAGAAUCUCUCGAAGCUUCAAGCUUCAAAGGAUUUGGAAGGCCUAAAGAUUGCCAGAAGCGCUCCUUAA